AAUUUCAAAAAAAAAAACCGGAGAGAGAGGCCGUUGCAUCUUUCCGCCGAGACGACGACGGCGACCGAUCACCACCUUCUUUUAUCCCCCGUUAAUCUAGGGUUUACAUUGAGUCUAUUAGGAAACACACGUUGCCCUAAUUUUGAAAAUUACUGCUUCCUUUGGCCUUUCCUCACCAGAUCGUUGCAAAGAUGGCUCACACGAGGAACAUUUAUGAUAACGAUGGAUCAGAAGACACUGUGUAUCGUUACCUCUGUCCUGCGAGAAAAGCAGGGAGCAUUAUCGGUAAAGGAGGCGAAAUCGCUAAGCAGAUAAGGUCUGAGACGAAAGCAAACAUGAGGAUCAACGAGGUUUUACCUGGUUGCGAGGAGCGUGUUGUGAUUAUAUACUCAACUAGUGAUGAGACUAAUGUUGUUGGAGAUGAUGAUGAGGAGUUUGUUUGUCCUGCUUUCGAUGCGCUUCUCAAGGUUCAUGAUAUGGUUGUUGUGGGUGAAGAAGUGGAUAGUGAUGGUUAUGGUGAUGAGAAGAAGCAUACGGUUGCUGCGAGGUUGCUUGUGCCUUCUGAUCAGAUUGGUUGUCUUAUUGGGAAAGGUGGACAGGUUAUUCAGAAGCUGCGUGAGGAGACUAAUGCUCAGAUUCGUGUUAUUAAUGAUAAUUUGCCUGUUUGUGCUUUGGCUUUGAGCAACGAUGAGCUUCUUCAGAUAAUUGGAGAGCCCUUAGCUGUUAGAGAAGCUCUUUAUCAAGUUGCAUCUUUGCUUUAUGAUAAUCCGUCGCGGUUUCAGUACUACUUUCUGUCUUCUUCAAGUGGCCUGCAGCAAUCCGGUGGAAUGCUGAUGAGUCCUCCAUUAACGAAUUCUCACAAAAACUACUCUGCGCCGUCGAGAGAUGUUGCUGAUGCAAGAGAGUUUUCUAUCUGCUUCAUCUGCCCAGCGGAAAAUGUUGGAGGUGUAAUAGGUAAAGGCGGCAGUUUCAUAAAUCAGAUUAGGCAAGAAUCUGGUGCAGUCGUUAAAGUCAAUACCUCUGAAACUGAUGGAGAUGAUGAGUGUAUCAUCUUCAUAUCAUCAAAGGAGUUCUUUGAGGAUCAGUCUCCAACGGUGAAUGCAGCAUUGCGCUUACAAACGCGAUGCAGUGAGAAAGUAGGGAAAGAUUCAACAGAUUCUGCCAUCUCCACUCGUGUUCUUGUUCCUAGUUCCCGAGUAGGGUGUCUCAUUGGGAAAGGUGGAGCUAUUAUAUCCGAGAUGAGAAGUGUCACAAAAGCUAAUAUCCGCAUUGUUCAAGGCGAAGAUGUACCGCAAAUUGCUCGUGAGGAUGAGGAGAUGGUCCAGAUAACAGGAAGUCUUGAUGCAGCAAUCAAGGCACUUACGCAAGUGAUGUUGCGAUUAAGAGCAAAUGUGUUCGACAUGGAUCGUGGGCUUGUCUUGCUUCCAACGUUCUUUCCUUAUAUAUCUCAAGCGUCAGAGACUUCGAGCAAGCCUAAGCAGAGGAAACGCGAGAACAAUUCUCAUGGUUCCGUGGAAAUUGGUAGAAAUGAAGACUAUGGCAACCAGAUGAACUCAAAUUCCCAUAGAAGAAACCAUGUUUACUGAUCACUGAACCACUUCUAAAGGUUUAUUGUUUUUAUGUUUUAGACACUUAGUUCUGGGUUGUUUUGUAAACCACUUGGCGUUUUUUGGGAUCCAAGGAAAAAGAAGGUUUGUGUUUUUUUUGAGUGUCGAGACUUUAUAAAUGCAGGAAGUUCUUGAAAGACUCAUGCAAAGUUAAGUUUAAACAUUCAGAAUCCAUAAGUGGAAAAGGAUUUUUUUCUUAUCUUAUUCGUACCCGGUAUAAAUUGUUUUCUCUUAGUUUCAAAAUGGUAUCUAAAAAUAAUUAUACUGGUCG